GGCCUCACCCCCGGCUCGCUGGGACCAGGUUCUCGUUGGACCACGGGUCGUUUUUUCCUUCUUUCGUUUCCUUCCCUUGGCUACCCUUGGCCUCCGUUUCGUUCUCGCAUCAAGCACCGUUUGCUGCACCCCCUGUUUCCGCCGGUGCUUUAUCCGCCUUUCCUUGCUCGGACCUGAACCCUCCCUGUCUCUGUCGCCGGGCUCUCCGCCACGAUAACAACGUUCGCUGAGCAAUAUGUCAAAGCUCCAGGUCGCCCUUCCUCCCAAGUUCUUCUCGACCAUCAUCGAGUUCCUUGAGGAGCAUCAGGACCAGGUCUCUCUGCUCCUGGUCUGCAAGGAGUGGUCGCUGCAGGUCGCCAUGUCCAUGUACCGUGCCCCGCCCCUGCAGAGCUCGGACUCGUUCGAGCGGCUCAUGGGUCUGCUCAACACACCUCUUCCCUACUACAACUAUCCGUCCUUCAUCUUUGAGCUCAGCAUCUCCGGCAUCGCCGCCGACAACUUGUACAUGGGCGAUCUCGACGCUGCCCUCAAGCUCUGCACCAGCCUGCAGGUCUUCCGGCUCGAGAACUGCUUCCACAUCUCCAACAUGCUCGUCCGCUCGCUCUCGCACUACUGCCAGAACCUGCGCCGCGUCGAUCUCCCCGGCUGCCCCAUCACCGACUCGUUCAUUCCCACGCUCACCAAGAACUGCAAGAGUCUCGAGUCGCUCGACCUCAGCUUCACGAACCUGACCGUCGCCUCGCUGCACAACAUUGUCGUCAGCUGCGAGUCGCUCUUGCGCCUGGAUCUCUCCGAGUGCCAGAACGCCGACGAGGUCACCGGCCUGGAUCUGUCCUCGCACAAGUGGACCCGCCCCCUCAAGCAUCUCAACCUGCGCAACACCCCCGUGGUCGACGACCUGUUGCGCUUUGCUGCCGCGCACUGUCCCAGCCUCGAGACCCUCAUUGUCGAGUCCUGCACGCUCAUCACCGACGACUCGAUCGUCAAGAUCUCCAACUGCUGCCCCAAGCUGCGACUCCUCGACUGCUCCUUCUGUGACAGCAUCACCGAUCUCUCGCUGCAGGCCAUCGCCGUCCGAAGCGGUGUCAACCACGGCGGCAGCCUCGAGCAUCUGUACAUGUCGGCCUGCGACCUGAUCACCCCCUCGGCCGUGGUGCUCGUUGCCCAAAAGUGCACCAAGCUCUCGCUCCUGGUCUUGGACGGCUGCGAGCUCAUCCUCGGCACCUACAUCCAGUCGUACGCCACCUACCAGGACGACCUCGAGUGCACCCUUGAGGAUGAUGCCAUCCGCCGCCUUGCCAGCCACAACUCGAGUGUGCAGCUCAUCACUCCCCCGGCCACCCCGGACCGCCAUGGCGACGCCCACUCCCGCAACCAUCACAUCCCCUUCAAGGUCGGUGUCUCGUACUCGGGCGCAUACCUCACCGAGGCCGAGGACCUCGAGGAGCAGCGCCGGCGCUUCGAAAAGACCUUUGUCUCGGAGCAGGGCCGCAUGUCCCAGGAGCCCGACAACUACUCCGAGUACUCGACCGCCUCGCUCUCCCGCCGCACCUCGCUGCGUCGCUCCAAUUCCAAGACUUCGGUCAAGGACGAAGCCGAGCGCGCCGAGCGCCAGGAGCGCAUCCGCGAGCGCCGUCGCUCUCGUGGUGCCAGCAUGAGCUUCGACCGCCCCCCGAUUAUUGUCGACGGCAACACCGGAGUCGAUACCGCCGCCGCUGCCGCUGCUGCCGGCUUUGGUGCGGGCAUCUCGCGCACGUCGAGCCCGUCGCAGUUGAGCACCGUCAGCGCCGCCUCGACCAUCACCCCUGCCGCCCCGGUCAUUGCCCCUGUUGCUGUCAAGCCCGCCGACCCCUGGGUCCAGACCCCGCCCGUUAUCCAGCCCGCCAUCCUGUCGACGCCCAUGGUCCCUCCCAUGGCCACGGCGGCCUCCUCGACCCCGGCCGCUGCUCCGGCGACCCCCAGCACCCCGGUCGCUGCCUCUGCCCCAUCGGGCUCGAGCACCACCGCCAUUCCCCUGGCCUCGGGCAAGCGUCGCUCGCAGAUCGGCGCCAUCGCGACCUCCAAGUGGAACGGCAGCCCCAUCAACACCACCAGCGCUGGUCUGCCUCCGGCCUCGCCCGCCCCCGUAUCCGCGGCUCCUCUGUCGGCUGCUCCUGUCGAAGGCGGCAUUCUGCUGGCCUCUGGCCGGGCCGCUCGCCAGUCCGUCGGCUCCAUCUCCCAGGUCCUCAGCAGCGCCACGACCGAGCCCAACACCCCCUCGACCAUCAGCUCGCCUGCCGCUCCUGCCACCAAGGGCGCCAGCGGUGAGGAACAGCCUCUGCUCAUUGCUUCGGGCCGUCGCCGCCAGAGCCGCAACUUUUCGAUCACGCCCGAGAGUCAGGGCAGUAUCCUCCCCUCCAAUGCCGCUGCCGCCGCCGUUGCUGCCCAGCCCGAGCACCAGCAGUCGGCCGCUCCCGCCGCCGAAAAGGGCCCCUGGCCCUCCGCCAUCCCUGCGGCGGCCCCGCCUGCCCCCUGGGGCACCAACCCCACGGCCUGGACCAACCCCUCGCAGCUCACUUCGCAGAGCUCGACCUGGUCCUACUCGGGCCCGACCCAGCCCAGCCAAACCUUUGUCGAUCCCUGGUCCCGCCCGCCUGGAUCCCAGGGCACCUCGACCGUCGUCGCCGACCCCUGGGCCCAGGCCAGCCCCCCUUCCACCAACAUGGUCACCAGCUGGGGUACUCCCGUCACUCCACAGGUCCAGCAGUCGUCCUUUGUUCAGCAGCAGAUCCAGUCAAUCCAGCAAAAGCAGGCCCCUGCUGCCGGUCUCCGCAUUGCUGCCGGCGCCGGCUGGGACAACACCCCGGCCAAGCUCGCCAACAACUGGAGCUCCUCCGCCCCCGUUGCCCCCGCUCCCGCCCCGACUGCUGCUGCCGCCGCCGCCGUUGCCGCUAAUCCUUCCGCUCCCGCUAUCGGCAAGCCCUUUGGCAGCACUGGCGCCGCCGCCCCGGGCGUCUACUUUGAUCGCGGCAACCAAAAGUCCGCCGAACCUACCAAGGUCGCUGGCGACUUUACCUUCUCGAGCUCGAACCGUGGCAAGCUGCUGCUGAAGCUCAAGAUCGAAACCAAGAGCGGCGAGCACCAGAACCUGUCGGUCCACGAGCACGAUGAUCCCUCCCAGCUCGCCAACGAGUUCUGCAAGCACUACGACAUGGUCGCCUUCCAGGAGCCUCUCUUCCGUCUCAUUAUGUUGAGAAAGACCAACGCCAUCAGACAGCGCAGCCAAACCUACACAAAGCAGCGUUAAGCCUUGAUAGCCUAGAGGCGAUGGUGAAGGUGUGAAUAAAGCACGCCAAAUCCAUAACAAGAAACAAUAGCAACCACAAUAGCAUCAAUCAAUCCCAAAAAAAAAAAAAAUAGCCGAAUGUAUAGAUGACUCCUUUGAACUUUACGCCUUGUACUUUCUUUCCCUUUGCUUCACCCUUCCUCCCCCACCCCUUGGUUCUUGGUCUACUGUCAUCCCUCCUCCUGUCUUUUUCUUUUUCUUUCUUUUCCUUUUCUUCCUCUCUCUGCCUGAUCUCUCCUGAUCUUUGUCGAUCGCUGCUAUUCCC